AUGGCCUCCAAAGAAAAUGAAGAUAUAUUAUGUAACGAAAAUGAGAGGCCAACAACUUUUGUGAUCCAAAGAUUCAAUAAAAAUGAUGUACUAAAAGGAAAAUCAUUGACAUGUUUUAACAGCAUUGUAAAAAUAUGGACUGAUUUCCUUACAAGAAAAAACUAUGUCCCUGUGCAAAAUUUAAGCGAUAUAGUAAAAGAUCUGAAACUACCUGCCAGUAUUUUGAAAAACUUAUUAGACCCUACUGAAGAUUCGGAAGACAUAAUAACAAAAUCGAUCUACAGAUAUCUAACACUUAAAAUAGACAAAAUAAACUUGUGGGAGCAUUUCUUCAACUUUCCUGAGCUGUAUGAUGAGUUUGAUGUGGCUCAUGUGGUACAGUGCGACGCGACUAACAUUGACGAUGGUGUACUGACGAGGGAGGUGGUAGCCAGAUGCCUCAGCUGCCUUCACAAGUCCCCGCUCUCGGGAGUGUAUACGUACAUCAAAUUGGAUCUGGCAGCGAAGCGGCUACUGAAUAUAGACGUACUUCAGCACUACAAGUAUCUAGUUUAUCUGGAUUUAUCCUCGAACUGUCUAACUGAAGUAAAAGUUUUAUCCCACUUGGUCUAUCUGCAGCACCUCUCACUACACUCGAACAGUCUUGGAGCGGUCCUGGAUUACGACAUACCACAGUGGCUGCUUACCGAAGUGUACUACGGGCAUAACCACGUCACUGAGAUUCGAGAUUUGAGCCUCUUCUGGUCAAUAACUGUACUGGAUCUGUCGCACAAUCAUAUUGAAUACAUCAAUGGCCUUGAAAAUUUACAGUUUCUAAGGCGUCUAGAUUUAUCUUACAACAAGAUCAAAAAGCUAGAAAAUCUCUCAAACUCCAAACUGCUGUGGCUAAAUCUGUCCCACAACGAUAUCGCUAGUUUCGAGUGCGACGAAAAAAGAGGUCUGCAUACACUCCACCAGCUGGAAUAUUUAAAUGUGGACGAUAACAGACUCGGAACGAUGAAAGUGCUUUCUGGAUGUGCGAGAUUAAGGGAGCUCCGCGCGUGUAAUAACAGCUUCACCACGCUGCACGAGGUGCCGCUGUGUCUGUGGCAGCUCGCCUGUCUCGUCACUGUCGACUUGCGAGACAACCCCCUGUGUGGUGACGCCCGCUACAGACGCGUGACACUCAACACCCUGCCGAGCCUGUACCAGCUGGACGGCAAGGUUUUGGAUCCCGUUGAGAUUAGUACAACCAAACUGGACAUGCGGCCCGAUGUGUUUACAAUGGCGGAGCGGCGGCUGCUGCGGCUACUCUACAUAGAGCAGCUAAGUCGAGCACGCGUUACGCCGUAUGUCCCACCCGCCGACACAGACGUGCCGAUAGUGGUGUUGGUGGGCCCUGAAGCGGUUGGCAGAGGCGACCUCGCUCGGCGCAUCGCGGAAAGAUAUCAUAAUGUUGACUUAGCGAAGCAGCAUACCACCUCUUCCCUCCACUCCAAAGACCAUUAUAAACUAGUAACAAGAAAACACUUCGAUAAUAUGCUCAUAGCGGGCGACCUCUUAACUUGCAGCAGCGUAGCUGACGGCACAUGUGGACUGAGUCGUGAAAAAGCAUUUGUAGGCAAUGGGAAAGUGAAAAUUGCAAUCAUGGACUUGGUAGGCGCACUCAUGUUGAGGUUGAGGGGAUAUCGGCCUUAUUUCAUACUCACUUGGUGUUCUGAUAAAGAGGCUAUGAAGAGGAGACAGGAGGACAGAAAACGACCAACUGAAGAGGCAACCACACUUCAGGUCCUUGUCUCCGACCGUAUCAUCAUCGGUGGAAUACUACAAGAGAUUAUUAGGGUCGCCAUGUAUGAUGAUGAAUGUCCGAGUUUCUCUACGUUUUCUACGGAGACUCGCGCACAGCCAUGUUGUGCGUGCGACGUGAACUGCAAAUGUUGUCCCUGCAAAGUUGGUGAUCACAGCAAAGACUAUAUUCCAAAUAGUACCCUGAAAGGCGAAUCAUCGUCCCUAUCUAGUAGUCUCAAAGAAAGCACGGAAGACGAUAAUUGGAUGCGCAGUCAAUGGGCAACGCCUGAUAACUUUGUUCCAAGUAUGGAAAAUGACUAUGACUACGAAAACAUUCAUCGCAACCGUCCGGGCAUGUUUUGGGACACAAUUGCUAUGGAUGAUCCUGAUGCAGCCUAUAUAAAGCUGAAGAGGAUUAUAAAGGAUAUUGUAAGUGAGCAAAAGAAACAGAAACUUUUCGACAUGAACUUUACCAGCCAUAAUAAUAAUUUGUUUAAGAAAAAGAUGGAAAAGAUCUCCCUGCAACUUGCACAACAGCGUCUAUUUUAUUAAAAAUGCAUCGUAAAAAGACAUUGUUUUAUUUUAGUAAAUAACCUAUUCAAUACAUAAGUAAAAUAAAGUGGAUGACAAAUGCAAAUACUCUUAAAUAUAUUUAAUUUUUAUUUUAGGGUUCAGACAGAUAAAUCAUUUAAAAACCAUAGUAUCUAGCAUAGCUCCUAAUGACUGCACUAUGUU